AUGACCCCUUCAGGUAGUCGUUCCUCGACGACUGUCAAUGAGCCUACAUCCAUGGAGAUGCAACGCACAUACACUGCUGAGGGGUCUCCCAAGAAAGAGGCCCCUCAGCAGCUGCCAAAGAAUGGGGUUGAUCUAGUGGAAAGUACAGAGGCCGGUAUCCCUUCAACAUAUGCCGACAUAGUGGCAUCUCGUCUCUCAACAGCACAUCGUGAUUUCCUCAUGGAACGUCAUGGUACUUUGGAACUGGAUCCCAUUCCCAGCAUGGAUCCUGCGGAUCCCUACAACUGGCCCUCUUGGAAGAAAAUCGCCAACCUUCUUCUAGUAGCCUUUCACGCCUGUAUGGGGACAUUUGCGGCCGCCGGCAUCAUCCCUGCCUAUGAGACGAUUGCUGAAGAAUUCGAUGUUACGCUUCACCGGGUCACUUAUUUGACUUCCCUUCAGAUCGCUAUUCUGGGUGGUGCACCUUUAUUCUGGAAGCCACUUUCCAACCGAUAUGGCCGACGACCCGUCUUCCUCCUUUCCUUAAUUUGUAGUCUGGUCUGCAACAUCGGGUGUGCAAAGUCUCCUGACUAUGCGUCACUCGCAGCAUGCAGAGCAUUGCAGGCGUUCUUUAUCUCACCAGCAUCAGCGAUCGGAAGCGGUGUUGUGAUGGAAACAUUCUUCAAGAAGGACCGAGCAAAGUAUAUGGGUGUGUGGACGCUGUUACUCACGCUUGGAAUUCCCAGCGGUCCCUUUAUCUUCGGUUUCGUAACAUACCGAGCGAGUUAUAUCUGGAUUUUCUGGGUUCUGGCGAUAAUCAACGGUGUUCAGUUUAUCCUGUAUCUUUUCCUGGGUCCUGAGACUCGCUAUCUCGGCUCAAACGAGGACCCCAAGGAGCCUGCGUGGAAGAGGGAGUACGUCAGCAUCCGACGAAUUGACCCAACCCCUAUCCAGUGGAUUGAGUUCAUCGCACCGUUGGGGCUUUGCUUCCGCCCUUGCGUAAUAGUGCCCGCUGCUGCAUAUGCCAUGAUCUUUCUCCUUAGCAAUGUGCUGUCCACCGUCGAAGUACCACAGCUGCUGCAAGGGAAGUUCGGGCUCAAUGCAGAGCAGCUAGGGCUCCAAUUCUUGGGCCCAAUUAUCGGUUCUCUCAUCGGAGAGCAGCUGGGUGGACGCAUGUCCGACCUCUGGAUGAAUAUGCGGGCGAAACGAGCGCAGCGAAAGCCAGAGCCAGAGUUCCGACUUUGGCUCAGCUACCUGGGCUACGCCUGCUCCAUUGUUGGUAUCAUUGUCUUCCUUGUUUGCACUGAGAAGGCCAAGGAGGGCAAGUGGAGCGUAGUUCCCAUUAUCGGUAUUGCCAUUGGAGCUGCCGGUAACCAGAUUGUGACGACCGUCCUUAUCACGUAUGCAGUGGACUGCCACCCCCAAGAUGCAUCCAGCGUCGGUGUCUGUAUCACAUUUGUUCGGCAGAUUUGGGGGUUCCUCGGACCGUUCUGGUUCCCGGGGAUGUUCGAAAACGUCGGCGUGGCUGCGAGUGCUGGUGUCUGUGUGGCUCUCAUGGUUGGAGCCAGUGUCCUGCCGACAAUUGCUUUGCAGUGGAAGGGUCGCUCUUUCAGGCUGUCAACGGAGGAGUAG